CAGGAUGCCCGGCAUCCAGGAGUACCUGCAGCAGCCCCUCCUCAGCGGCCUGCGGGACAAGGCCUCCUACGUGCGGAGAGCGGCCGUGCUCGGCUGCGCCAAGAUGCUGCAACUGCAGGGGGACUCCGAAGUGGAUGGUGCGUUAGUGAAUGAGCUGUACAGUUUGCUUCGUGACCAGGAUCCCAUUGUAGUCGUGAAUUGUCUGAGGGCCUUAGAAGAGAUCUUGAAGAAGGAGGGAGGAGUUGUCAUCAACAAACCCAUUGCCCAUCAUCUCCUCAACAGGAUGGCUGAUCUGGAUCAGUGGGGGCAAAGUGAGGUGCUUACCUUCCUUCUGCGUUACAAACCCCGCAGCGAGGAGGAACUCUUCGACAUACUCAAUUUACUGGAUGGCUAUCUCAAAAGCAGCAGCCCCAGCGUUGUGAUGGCAGCCACCAAGCUUUUCCUAGUGCUGGCCAGGGAGUACCCACAUGUGCAGGCAGAUGUUUUGGUGAGAGUGAAGGGACCGCUGCUGUCUGCCUGCACCUCUGAGAGCAGGGAGCUCUGCUUCACUGCGCUGUGCCAUGUACGUCAGAUCCUUGGUAGCCUUCCUGGCCAUUUUAGCAGCCACUACAAAAAGUUCUUCUGUUUGUAUUCAGAGCCCCACUACAUCAAAUGCCAGAAGAUGGAGGUGUUGUGUGAGCUGGUAAAUGAUGAAAAUGUACAGCAAGUGCUGGAGGAGCUGAAGGGCUAUUGCACUGAUGUAUCAGUAGAGCUUGCCCAAGGGGCGAUCUUCGCCAUAGGCAAUAUUGCUAGGACAUACACAGAACAGUGUGUGGGGAUUCUGACAGAGCUCCUGGGGCUUCAGCAGGAACAUAUCACUUCAGCGGUAGUACAGGCUUUUCGGGACCUGGUUUGGCUGUGUCCCCAGUGCACGGAUGCAGUGUGUCGGGCACUGCCUAGCUGUGAGGACACCAUCCAGGACAGUGAGGGCAAGCAAGCGCUGAUCUGGCUCCUGGGCGCACAUGGUGAGAAAGUACCAAAUGCCCCCUAUGUUUUAGAGGACUUUGUGGAGAAUGUGAAAUCAGAGAUGUUCCCAGCAGUGAAGAUGGAGCUUCUGACAGCAUUGGUGCGACUUUUCCUGUCUCGUCCUGCUGAGUGUCAGGACAUGCUAGGGAGACUGCUCUACUACUGCAUAGAGGAGGAGAUGGAUAUGGCAGUACGAGACCGUGGAUUGUUCUACUAUCGCCUUUUGCAGUCUGGUGUGGAAGAAGUGAAACGGGUCCUGUGUAGCCCCAAGUCUGACCCCUCCCUGGGGCUCCUGGAAGACCAAACCGAGCGAUCUGUGAAUACAUGGGCUUCAGAGUUUAACACUCUUGCACCAGUUUAUGGCAGAGAAUGCUGGGCACUUGUGACUGCUCACCAGCCAGCAGAACUGUCUUACACUUGUUCUCCUUGUACUGACUCCAGGAACAGAGACACAGAGUCACUGAUUUCUGAAGGGAAUAAAGAAGUCCUCAAGGUUCAUCCCGAUACAAGCAGCCUGACCUUAAUUCCUGAUGUUUACCUGACUGCAGAACAGUUUGAGAAGAACUGGCUGAGCCUGGAGAUGAGCUGCCACCUCUCUCUGCCCUGGUGUGGGACUGUUCAUCCAGAUACCAUACAGACGGCUCUUCAUGUUGUCCACAUCCAUACUAUUGCUAUGAGCAAGGCUGGCGUCCAGCCAUGGAAAGCUUAUCUCAGUGCUCAGGAUGACACAGGUUGCCUCUUCCUAACAGAGCUCUUGCUUGAGGCGGCAGAUUCAGAGAUGCAGGUUUCAGUGAAGCAGAGCGAGGCAAAGCCGGAGGCACUGCAAACCUUUGUUUCGGCAUUAAGGACAGUCAUGGGGACAGUUGCCGGACUCGGGUCCUAAUUGGUCCCUGCUCCCUGUAGGAUGCUUGCUCAGGGCACAGGAAAAGUUUAUUUCUCUGGCUUCAUUUGCCAUACCUGAUGCUGGUUUUGUACUUUUAAACUGUGGGAGUGUUAGCAUCCCUUUCCUGGGCCUGGAAGGCACACGUGGUGUGGGGGUAGCUGCAGGUGGCAGGUAUGGCAUUGCUGCAGCUGGUGAAUGGGGCAGGGUGAAGGGUCUGUCCUCCCUCUGGGCUGGGGAAGGGACAAGGUAAUGCAUUUGUGAGCCUGCUGCUUCUGGUGUGAGUCACAGAAGUGGUGGCAUCUACAGUGAUUAUCACAAGACACUAACAUUACUGAUGGAACCAGAAAUGAGCAAAAUUCAGGGAUGUGUGUUGGAGAGGUUUUUUGUGAGAGUUGUAAAUAAUUCAUAAAAGUUCAGAAACUCCAGGACUCUGCUACUUAUCUCACAUUAAGAGGAAUGGUGCAGUGAAGAGAAGUAUUUAGUUCUUGGCUCCCUUUACAUGUGAUUUAUUUUUCUGUCUGAUAGACAGAUUUCAUUAGUGGCUUCACUUACGGGUGAAUGGAGCUCUGCUCCGUCGGAGACGGGUGGACAGGGUACGUUGUGCUUACUGGAACCGGCAUGUUUCUUUUUCAAGAGAAAGAAGUGUAUUUUAUAGUUGAAAUGUGUUACUGUAGUCAUGAAUUACCCUCUCUGAAGUUCCCCCCUCAACUCCCUGUGGCCAGGGUGCCUGUAAGGAAAUGCAGGAGUGUGCAGGUUGUGUAUGAUGUGUUUGCGUGAGUUAAUAUGGCCUGAGUUUUGUAGCCUGCAUCACUUUGGCCAUGUCAGUGAGCUCUCAGUCCUUGGUACUCACACCAGUAACGGAAGAAUUGCUGUUUAGAUAAUUAACCUGUAUGGAAUAUUAAAUUUUGGCUGAUACUAAUUUUUACUAUUUGUUAUUUCAUAACUAGAAUGGGCAUUUAAAGGUUUGUUUUCUGUGUAGUACUUAUUUCUGUGCAGUACUGUCAUCCUGUCCUCACCGUACAGUAUAUGAGAUGGUGCAGUAACUGUGUGGCUAAAUUUUUACAGUUUUUAAAGUUAUACUCUGGCCAGCCUCGGGAUUUGUUUUUUGAAGAGUGUGGUAACAGCACUCCAUCUGCUCUAUUGAAAGUUAGGGAGAGUCAGACUUUGUACAGUGUCAUGAGGAAUUUCUGUGUCACAGCCACGUUUUACACAGUGGCAAAACCCUGAAGAAGGUUCUUUGGCUUAAGGUUGCGGUACAUAGGUUACUAUAACCGGGCUUUAUGGCACUCUUGUAAGGAGUAGCUUUGUUAACUCUAUUCUGUAAGAUUUCUUUUAAUUUUUAAUUUCUUUUAAUUUUUAAUUUCUUUUAAUGACUGUAUUGUGCCUUUAAAUUGCAAUAUGCCUUCCAUGCACUUCACUGAAACACUGCUGUCACUG